UUGUGUGAAGUGAACUUCUUCAUGGUGAGCAUCAAUGAAUUAUUUGAGUUUCAAUGUUAUCAUGAAACUAGUUAAUAGUAACCCUGCAUCAAUUAUCAUAUUAGUUCAACUGAAAGAGAAAAAUUAUCUUCACUUUUUCCUGCAUUCUGUUUCUCUACAUGAAACAUUAGAUCCUAAGAAUUCAACUCUACAAGUGUCAGUUUGAUAUCGUUUUAUAGCAAUGCAUUGAAAUGUUCAAAUUAGUACAAUUUAUCAUUUAGAGUUUCAUUAAAAUUCCGUUUCUUCAUGAUGAAUUCAUCAUUCAAUUUGGAUAAAUAGUGUUGUUUUGUUUGCCAAAAAAUGGAUUUGUCAUCAUUCGGUUCAUUAGAAUUUUCAACUUUAUCGGUUUUCUCGACUAACGAAACGAGCUCAACUUUACCUUCACUUGUUUUACCUUUCGAUGUUAACCUUACUUCGUCACGUUAUCUCAAGGCUGUAUCGACUGGUUCACCGUCGGCCUCUUCUUUAUCCUCUUCGAGUGCCCAUUCGAGAGAUGAGAACUUGGCCAUUCUCGAAAUUAUCACUUUAUCGGCGAUAUUCGUAAUGAUUGUUUUCGGAAAUACUUCAGUUCUUCUCGCACUUAUUCUCAGUCGAAUCAAGCUUCGUCGAAUGUACUUUUUCCUUCUUCAUUUAUCAAUUGCCGAUCUGAUUACAGCAUUUGCCAAUGUUCUUCCUCAGUUGAUCUGGGAAAUCACUGAACGAUUCUAUGGUGGCAAUGUGCUCUGUAAAGGAAUAAAAUACCUUCAAAUAUUAGGACCUUAUUUAUCCUCUUUUACCUUAUGUGCAACUGCUAUCGAUCGAUAUCGAGCCAUAUGUUUUCCACUCGAGUCACGGUCCGCUCUUAAUCGGUCCAAACUUAAAGUUUCCAUUGCUUGGGGAUUAGCCUUGAUCUGUUGCCUUCCACAGUUGUUCAUCUUUUCUUAUCGUCAAAUACCAAACAGUCCAGGAGUCUACGAGUGUUGGGGUACUUUUAUUCAACCUUAUGGUGAACGAUUGUACGUUACUUGGUACGCUUUGACUUCAUUUUUCAUUCCCUUUGUGAUACUCAUUUUCACCUUUUCCAACAUUUGUCUCGAGCUUUGGCGCAACGGAAGGCGCAUCAAGAAAGCCAACCUAAGUCAAUCGUCCCGUCUAGCUUCUAGUAUUACCAACAAUCAGCCCAAAAUGCUGACGCUUAAGGGAAACAUGAUACCAGCAACAGUCUCGCUGACAACCUCACUUACAACUCCAACCUUAACAUCAACUCAAGUCACCAAUGACCCAACUCAACGUCAAUCCUUGUUGAACCAAGUUAGCUUGGAUUCAAUAACUGCUGACUCUCUAAGAGUUUUAAACAACAAUACAGUUAAUCGUAAACUGUUGACUGAUAACAGCUUCGAGUAUUCAUUACCAACUUCAUCAACCAAAUCAGAGUCGAUUCAUUUUCUGAAUAAAUUGAGUUUCCCGUUCAAUAGGAUCAAAGCAAGGCGUAAAAUGACCAGUAAUACGCAAGUUGAUGUAAAUUUUAAUAAAAAUGAAACUGAAGACGGUGAUAGCAAUAGAAAUAUUAUUAAUAAUAAUUUAGGAAAAUUAAUAAACACAUCAUCUUUAUCAUCUUCGUCUUCAUCUCCAAUGAUACCCAAUUCAAUGAAAAUCAUGUCAGCCUCUUUAGUGCCACCAAUAUCGUCACUCUCGUCAACAGCAACCUCAACUAGACGAACCUCAUCCAAUAACGAUCAAUGUACACCUCGAAGUCACAGUACAGCCUACUUCUCAAAGGCAAAGAUUAAAACAGUUAAACUAACAGUUACAAUAAUAAUUUGUUACAUUUGCUGUUCAUCGCCGUUUAAUGUCGUCCAAAUAUGGGCCUAUUGGGCACCAGGAGCUCAAGAAAGUUCAUUAUGGCGAGGACCAUUAAUUACAAUUGCAAUGCUCCUUCCAAGCCUUAAUAGCUGUGUUAAUCCAUGGAUUUACCUCUUUUUCAACCGCAAUUUGCUGAGUACAUUGGAUAAGCUUUUUUGUUACUGUUCGACGAAUACUAACAUCAAUGCUGGUAAUCGAAGUAAAACUUUGGACGAUUCAUCUGUAAAUAUUGAACCUCAUUGUUCAUCAAUCAAUCGCAAUGGAUCUCGGACCAUUUUUGUCAGUCAAAAGAUGAGCAAAUACUCUGAUGAUAAGCCAAGUGUUGAAGCUCAUGGCUGAUCAAUUGAACAAAAGACAAAGUUUUCUGAAACCUUAAAGUGUUCUCAAUUGUACAAAAUGUUAUAGCUUUUUAAAUUGCCUUCAAAUGUAACAAUAAAC